UGCACAUAUAUUUAUUGGGCGUUAGAUGCCGCGAACGUUAUCUUUGGGUAGUGUUUCCAGUACAGUAACGUAGUUGACGUCGGUGGCCUCCAGCCAUUAAUUUGGUUUUUUUUUCAUUACUGCUUGAUAGUCGGAGACCAAGUAAAAAUGACCCGUGGCAACCAGCGUGAAUUGGCACGUUUGAAGAACCAGAAGAAAAUGCAAGAAAUACAAAAGAAGAAAGGUGCAAAUGAUAAAGAUUCUAAUAAAGGCCUGUCACUUGAACAGCGCAAACAAAGGGAUGCAGAACUUAUGCGCCAAAAACAAAUGAAAGCCCUUCAAAAGGAGGGUGCUGCUGCCAGUUAAACAUAACUAUUACUGACAUUUCUACAUUAUUACCAAAAAAUUAUUUUUUACUAACAUUUGAUGGCAGGAUCUCUUCUUCCAGUGUGAUUUGGCAUGCUGAGGCAAUUGAUGAAAAUUCGCAUUUGUUCUACUUUUAUAAUAAAAAUGACUGUCAAGAAAUAAAGAUUGCAUUAGUGCCUAAAGAAAUAUGACUCUAAACACAUUUGUUUUGUUCUGUGUGCAAGGUGCAGUAAAUUCAAUAAAUAUUUAACUGUAAGGAAAUAUUCCAAUUCAAUAAAGAUAUGCACAUGUGGAUAAGUGUAAAAGGUAAAAGAUCUUUUUUUCUAAUGGGUUCAUCCUUAAAUGCUUUGAUAACAGUAGAUUUAAAAAUGCAUUUGUGUAAGUAAGACACCCUACUCAUUUUUAAUGUAAUGUUGGAUGUUGUUAAUAUUGUUUACAAAUUCUUUUUAUUGUGAGUGUACCAAAAAUUAAUAAAUCUCAUUAGUGUUA